AUGAAUUAAAAUGAAGUUUGUAAUGAACAUAAAUAAGUUUUUAUUACAGUUGAGUUCAAUUUAGAUGGCCAAUAAGACUUUACUCAAAUGUGCUCUGUUUGUGUAGCAUAGUAAAUGACACAAAGAAUGAAUUAAGUGAAUCCAGUAGGUAAAGUAUUGACCUUAAACGACGCUUAUUAAUGUAUAGAGGAAAUAAAAGAGGAAUUUAAAUAAAAUCAAGCUGUUAAAGUAAAUACUAUUAAAAAUGCUUUGAAUGAAUUAAAAAAUGAGAUAUAGAUGAUUUAAACAAAAAUAAAAUAAACUUGUGAUAAAUUAUUGGAGAAUAUUCAUCAAAUGUUAGAAAAUACAGCAUAAUCUAUUAGUAAAUUAGAUACAAAAUUAAAAGAGCUUCUCGUUCUUUCACCUACUGAAUUGAUAAAUUAACUCAGAAUUAUUGAAUAAGAGUUUGAUUAUUCUAAAUAGAGUUAAUUAUUUAAAUAAUUAAUUGAUUAAUUAAUUAUAGAUGAUUAACUCUAAAAUUGUCGUAAUAUCAUGAAAAAUGAGGAAAAAAAUGAAGAUAAAACACUGAAUAGUGUAUAAGAGAAAUUUAAAAUAAAAUAAACUAAAUCACAUGUAUGUUUAUAUGUAAUAAAAUAUAGAAAACUCCUCAUUUAAGCAUCAUUUGUGAAGAACAUAAAACUGAAAUAAUUUAUCUUGAUUUAUCUAAAGAUAGUAAGAGAUCUAAUAGAUUAUGUUGUUUAUAUUGUCAAUUCAAUUCAUAAAUAUAAUUUAUUCCUGUGAAGAAUGUUUUUGAGAAAUGGGAAACAUAUGUAAAAGAUGUUGAUAAUGUGAUGGAAUAUUUGAAUUCAUUUUAUGGUAAUAAACAUAGUUCUACAAUUCUAACCGUUGAUAAAUUAAUAUCUUAUUUACUUGAAAAGAAGUCUUUAAUUUAAGAAAAAUUGAACUAAUACUUAUAAGUAAUUAUUAGUAAAAAAGUUGAAUAAUAUAAAUAAUAAUAUCAAAUUAAGAAUUGUGAAUCAUUAUCUAAAGAUGAAGUAAUCUAAAUAUGCUCUAAAUUAAUUCAUUAAUAUACAAGUUAAUAAAUAAAGUAAAUGAUUUUGGAUGAUUUCGCUGAAAUUGACAAUGAAAUAAUAAAUUUUUUAAAUGAUUAAAUUUUGAUACCUAUAAUUGAGAAUACUUCAAAAACACUAAAACAAUUAUAUGAUAAUACAAAACCAAUAGAUGAAACAUAGGUAAUCUUAUUAAUUUAAUUAGAAAUAAAUUGUUAUUUUUGAAUAAUAAAACUAAUAGAAUUUAUAAAAUGAAGAAAUUACUAAAAGAAUAUAAUGUGUAAAUAAUUUGAUAUUAUAAUUUAGCAAUUCUUAAAUUAAAAAAGUGUAGAAUCUUAAACUUAAUUUAAAUAUGAUUUAAUAAUGUAAAUAGAAGAAAAAGAAGAUUGUUGGUGUAUGCUAUUUAACAAAGAUGAAACUUUGUUAGUAACAUGUCAUGAUUCAAAGAAAAUAAAGAUUUAUGAAUUUACUGAAAAAAAAUUAAAAUUACUUUAAAUUUUGGCAAGUCAAACAUCAAAAUUAUUUGCUAUCUAAAUUCAUAAUGUUUCAAAUUAGAUUAUUAUAAGUGAUAAUAAAUCCAUUAUAAUUUGGAAUUAUUAACAAGAAGAGAAAAAAUGGAGUUAAGUAUAAAUUUUAUAACAACAUGAUGAUUCCAUUAAUUGUUUAAUAAGUAAUUAAGAAGAAACCAUGUUAAUAAGUGGUGGAGAUGACUGUAAAAUAAAUUAUUGGUGUAAAUAAGAAGAUAAUGCUAUGUUAUGGAUGCUUUAAGGUUCAAUAGUUGUUCAUAAAACUAAAAUACUUAGUUUAAGUAUGAAUGAGAAAUAAGAUUAUUUGAUUUCUUCAGAAUAUGAUAACAAAAUAGUUAUUUGCAAAUUGUAAUAAAAUAAGUAAUGGUUACAUAUUUAAAUAAUUUAAUUAGAUACUCGUUGUUGGAGAAUUAGUUUUAUUAAAAAUAAUUUAUUUGUAGUCUAAUAAGAAAAUGGAAUAUUGAAAACAUUUUAUUAAUAGAAUAUCAAUUAAGAAUUUUUAUUACAUUAAUAACUCAAGAUAAGUGAAUAAUAAAGUUGUUAAUAUUGGUUUCCACUUGUUUAUAAUAAGAAAAAUUAAUUACUAUUAAAUAAGCAUCAUAAUUCAAUUUAUUUUAUGAGAGAAUAAAAUAAUAUUUUAACUGGAGAAUUGAGUAUUUGCUUUGAAGAAUAAGAUUUUUGGGGAACCUUAUCAAAUAAUUCAGAAUACUUAGCCACAUGGGAUGUUAAAUCUAAAUAAAUAUAAAUUAGAAAAUAAAAAUGA